AUGACUCCGCAGAAGGGGGCCAUGGGGUACAAGGACAAGGGCAACGUGUGCAUCGCGGCGAGCGACAGCGCCGGCGCCGCUAAGCAUUAUGAGAGGGGCAUCAAGAUCGUCUCCACGCUGGGAACAGACGAGCAGGCGAAGGCACUGCUGCUGUCGCUCAGGCUCAACCUCGCGCUGGCUUGCACGAAGGAGGAGCGGUACUUCGACGCCGCGAGCGCGGCCACCAAGGUUUUGGAGGUCGACGCUGCCAACGUCAAGGCUUUGUUCCGGAGAGGUGUGGCCAGAGCACGACUCGGGUCUUUGGAAGACGCCAAGAGCGACCUGCUGGCCGUUGUCAAGGCUGACCCGCGCAAUGGAGGAGCCAAGAAGGAGCUCAAGGCGGUGCGAGACCGACUCGUGGAGCACAGAAAGAAGGAGAAGGAGAGCUACGGGGGCCUGUUCGACAAGGGGCCAAUGUACAACGACAAAGAGGUUGAGCGGAAGAAGCGAGAAGCUGAAGCCCUGAAGCGUCAGAAGGAGGAGGAGGAACAGUGGGGCAAGGCCAACGAGCAGAGGAAGGCGGAUGGAAAGGAGGAGCAGACGCUGGAGGACUGGCGGAAGGAGAAGAAAGAGGCGGAGGAGAAGGCUAAGAAGGAACGCGAGGAGAAGGAGAGGUUGAAGCCGCGGCCCCCCGCGAUCCCCGUCGCCCCGCCAAAAAAGGCUUCCAAGAAGGAGGGGGGGGGGGGGGACGGCGACUACCAAAUGGAGCUGGACGAGGACGACCUGAAGAUCAUCCAGGACACGAAAAAGCAGGGGUACUGCUACUUCAAGAGGACGCUCAGCGAGCAGGACCAGCAGCUGUUGAACGCGGAGCAGAUGAAGCUCAAAACGCGUGUGGCUGAUCCGGCGAGCAUCCCAGAAAAGAAGGAGGCGGACGCGGAUGCCGUUAGGUCCGCUUGGAACAACGCUGGGACCUGGGAGGAGACGGAGAAGACGGACUGGUGCAAGGGGAAGCUUACGGAAGCCUUCAGUAAGGUAUCGGUGACCGUGGGGAAGGACGCUCGCAGCGACCCGGAGUUCCUGUUGGAGAAGCUCGGCGGUUUCGAUUUCGCUUCCGCCGCCGCGGGGGACGGCGCCGGGGGCGGGAAGGGGCUGGAGGCGCUCGGCCAGCUGAAGCAGGCCCUCUCGAAGCUGAGGGCGAGCGUGACGAGCGUCGAGAUUGUCGAGGCGGACGCGCGUGUGAUCUGCGUGAGCAACAAGACCAAACACCUCUUCGAGUUCAACGUCAAGGUCAAAUUCUCGUUGACCAUCGACGAGUCCAUGGGGCUGCAGCCGCAAGCACAGGAGGAGGGGCAAGCAGCAAGCAAGGACGCUGGCCUGGUGAAGACGUACAAGGCCACGCUGGAGUUCUUGGACAUGACCAAUGGCGAUGUGGACAACGGACGGUUUGAGUCAGAGCCGGAGCUGAAGUGGGACAAGGGCUCAAAGUGGGAUUCCGUGUACGACGACAGGGUCAAGACCUGCGUCGCUGACCUCAAGGCUGGCCUCCUGUCCGCCCUCGGGGUUUUCUUCGUGGAGUACAAGAGUUCGUAGCGCGGUAGCAUGCUACUGUACCUUAUCACAACUCAAAGAGGAGCCGGCAAGGAGUUAAGUUGGAAAAAAAACAAACGCCACGGAGAGAUCCGUGGUGUUUUUUCUUUUGCCGAACUUUUGAGGAGGCCGGUCAGUGGAGACUACACAGCAGUACCUCGGUAGAGAGAGAAAGAGAACGAGGAGUACUAGAGCACGGCAGCGGCGGCGGCGACGUUUGUGUGGUAGCUUUUACGUCGUGAAACAUUUCCCCCGUGUCUACCAGACGCCACCAGAACAAGUCGAGGGGGAUUGUUUUUGUUUUUUUUUCGUCCCUGGAAAUACUUGGGGGGGCGUUUGCGUGUCCGCGAGACACGAGCAAGGGUGGAAGGAUUUUGUGAGGUGGAUGAACGAGAUCUUGAUGCUCUUCCUGCUUUGCUUCUUCUUGUCAACCGUGUUUCGUUUUAUUUUUUGGUCAUGCAGGGAUAUCGUGCUUGCUGUAGUUUCUAUGUCCUGCGGUCGGGUUCGUUUCUUCGAGAGCCCCCUCGGAGCGGAAACAUGGAUCACGAACCUCUGGGUACGUGUGUGCGAAUAAGUUCUUGGCAAGUCAUAACAGGACACGGGUCGCUCUGCUGAUUAUAAUAUCCGCUCAAUUUGAUUCUUGUCAAUGAGAUGGAUGGAUGGAUGGCUGAGAGAAAACUGUACUAAUAAAUAGACAUGGGAGGAGAGAAAGACAUGAAGAGAGAGGAACACAGUUCAGCUUAAAAAGCACUUGAUGUCUUUCUCU